AUGCGAUUCAGUAAUUGCCAUCCGAUUAAGUUCCCCCGCUCACUCCGUCCGGCCCUCCAGUCUCGCACCGAAAAGCCUCAAAAGUCGCAAUCGAAACGUCGCAAGACCCGGUCCUUCCUCCGUCGCUUCAAAGAUGCCUGCUUGAAACACACCUGGCUUCUUCCGCUCCUGAUGCUGGCCGUCCUACUGGGCGCGUAUGCCGUCAAUCCGACUCCGUCGAACCCCAUGCAUAGCGCCAUCUUCCUGUCCUAUCCCCAACCUCCGACGACCCCCGACGGUCCGGUCAUGUACGGAAAGGGCCCCAAGGAUAUCGCGUUCGUCUCGUUCUACAUGGUUGUCUUGUCGUUUACUCGGGAGUUCAUGAUGCAGCGCGUGAUUCGCCCCAUGGCGAUCUACUUCGGAAUCCGCAGCAAGGGCAAGACCGCGCGUUUCAUGGAGCAGGUCUACACGGCUAUGUACUUCAGCAUCUUCGGUCCCUUCGGUCUGUACGUGAUGAGCAAGUCCAACAUCUGGUACUUCAACACCACCGCCAUGUUCGAGGGGUUCCCGCAUCGCGAGCACACGGCGCUGUUCAAGUCGUACUAUCUGCUGCAGGCUAGUUACUGGGCGCAGCAGGCGAUUGUUCUCCUGCUGCAAUUGGAAAAGCCUCGGAAGGACUAUAUGGAGCUGGUCGGGCACCACAUUAUCACGCUGGCUCUGAUCGCCCUGAGCUACCGCUUCCACUUCACCUACAUGGGAAUCGCCGUCUAUAUCACCCACGACGUCUCGGACUUCUUCCUCGCGACUUCCAAAACCCUCAACUACCUCGAUCACUUUAUCACCGUUCCCUACUUCGGACUCUUCGUCGUUAUGUGGAUCUAUCUCCGACACUACCUCAACCUGAAGAUUCUCUGGGCCGUGUUGACUGAAUUCCGAACCGUCGGACCCUUCGAACUGAACUGGGAAACGCAGCAGUACAAGUGCUGGAUCAGUCAGUACAUCACCUUCGCCUUGCUGGCCUGUCUGCAGGCGGUCAACCUCUUCUGGCUGUUCUUGAUUCUCCGCAUCCUGAAGAACUACAUCUUCAACAACGUCACCAAGGACGAGCGAAGCGACGAUGAGGACGAGGAGCUCCAGGAGGAGGCCGCGGCCGUCACCACCGGUGCCGACGUCCCCAAGAUCACUGCCCGCCACCCCAACAAAGAAACCCAGGCCCCGCAAGUUCUGGUCAACGGCGAGCCCGUCCAGAAGGAUCUCUGA